AUGGAGCUUCCGGAUCAUCCUCAUCAACACAAUCCAUUGACAACACAAGACCCAACCCAAAUGGCUUGCGAAGGAAGAAGCCAUCACUUUCUGGUGACAGCAACACUACCCGCAACGGUUCUUCCCGAACGGAUUCUUCCUCUUCUUCAGCCCAGCACAAACGACAUGGCUCCGUUGAGCCUGUCACCAGUCAUCUACCCUGAACUGGACCGUUAUCGAAACAUUCGACGACCCUCGGAUGGCUCAGAUAACCGAAUCGAGGUCCCAUUUCGCUUAGCCACACACGACCUGCCGCCCCCAACUCCAGCCAGCCUAUUAUUCUCUGGGACUAGUGGAAGCCCUUCUACAAGGUUCUCCGAGUCACCUGGACCGGGGCCUUAUAGUCGCGACACCACGCCAACUUCAAUUGCAUCCCAAUCGCCUUGUCUACUUGCACCUGUUCGCAGCAAUCAGAAUAAGGGUCGGCUUCAAAGCCCUGUUCUCUUGAACAGACCUCCUGUCACCCGAAGGACAACUGGAAAUGAAGUCGAGGCUAUCCCUAUCGACCCUCAUGGUCUAGCAGCCGUGAGGGAGUCUCUUACUUCUUCGUCAUCCAACUCAACUGUUCGAGAAGCCACCAUCAUCAAGAAGAAGACUAAGAACCUGCCUCCACCGCCCCCAAGCCCUCCACCACGCAAGUCUUCACAGUACUUCCGGGAAGAUACUUCGUCACCGAAGUCGGUGCGUAAGGUGUCAAGGCCUGUUUUGCGAUCACCUUCUCCUGAGAGAAAUGCUGAUACCUCAGCUUCACCAAGAUCCAAUCCCCCUUCACGACCCAGCAGAGAUGGCACUCCCGACAUGCACUCCCAGUUGUUCAAUCCGGUGCCAAUCAUUCACAGCAACCUUUCUACCCAGUCUCUCCCAACCGAGCGACGAGGAAGUGAGAUAUACGCUCAACCCGCGGCUAAGCCUGCCGCCGAGUUAAAGAAGGGAAAGGGUAUUGAGCCACCUCGAAUGACACGCACACCGAGCCCACACGUGUCCAGCUCCUCUUUCUCACGAUUCUUUGGUCGCAGAAAGAAUUCUAGCACAGUACAACCUGAGAAGCCAGAGAAGGAGAAGAAGCUUAUUCGCAAGGGCCCAGCAGCUGGCACUGGCCAUGAAGGUUAUGGACGACUCGGCGCUGCCAAGAGACGAAGUGGCAGUGUCAGCAACGUGACUCGCAACCAGGCGUCCCAAGAACCUCGGUCUAGCAAUGAUUCAUUUUUGUCAGACCGUAUGAACCCAGUGGUCAUCGCUGGAGGUGAGGUUGUCGAGAACCGAAACGCCAGUUCUGAAAUCUCCCGAAAUGGAAGUUCCCAGAGUUUGGCACAUGAUGAUGCAAGGCUGGGUAGUUCUCAGUUGCCAGUCUCUCACCAGAAGCCCCGAAACACUCUCUGGCCCUCGCCCAUGUCACGUCCUGCUCAUCCUGCUUUUGGAGCUCGUCGACCCUCUGAGAGCAGUGACUCCGAAGGUCCUGCGAUGAAGUCAACACUUGCCUUCCGACGAUCGGUUCAGCGUUUGCGCGCCUCCCCCGACGACCCUCUGAAGCUGCCUCAGCCUAUCAACACUUCCGGCUAUGCAUCUUCACCCAUGACUAGCUUCGACACUAGCAUCAUGUCUGAUGAUUCUCACUUUGAACUGCAGCGAGAGAUUUCAUAUGAGGUAAGGUCGCAUCCUGCGCCAAAGAAACUUGUCAAGAGGCCUCGCUCGCCUCGCAAGUGGAACCUGUUUGGCAGAUCAACACAAAGCCAGCAGAACAAGCAGGGUGAGCAGGUUUCUGCUACUGUCAAGGUGGUCGAGAAGAAGCCCUUGGCCUUCUACGCCAUGAUGGACUCAUCGGAACAGGAAGACAGUGAGCCGAUGGACAUUCAGGAUGUCCUGAGGGCCGCUGAGGUCUAUUCCAAGUCGCCUAGUGUUGGUAACACUCCUGAGCUAUCCCAGGGUACACCAGAGAUGCGAUCGUCAAGUGACUCUCUGGCACGACCUGCAGCUCCUGUGCUAUCCUCAAGAAGGGCGAGCGCUGAGGUCAGGGCCAAGACAUGGGUCCCUGUUAUUCAACAUGGUGCGGCGCCAAAGAAGCUUACUCUCCAGCCUAGUGCACAGCCAACCGUACCAACUGUCACCACUGGUCGUCGAAGCAGACUUCCUCAGGUUGGAAGAAUCCCCAAGGUUGUAAGCAAUCGUCCUGAGCAUGAACAUGUAUCUCCCAUGAGCUUCUCCCGACCCUUCCGAGCUAGCAUGCACUUGGCUCCUGAGAACCUUGUGGUCUAUGAUCCAGAGUCGGUUGCCAAGGGUCCUUCUCCUUCUAGACCCUCCACUCCUGUUCCAGAACUCACCACCGACGGUUCAACAGCGGGAAGCACCAACAACCCUUCCUCUCGGGACUCUAUUCCUCCUGAACUGAACAGAGUGGAGAAGGAGUUCCUGGCCUUCUCGCCCCGCAAGGACUCUGAGAGCACCAUUGGCACAUCCAGCUCGAGCUGUUCUGGUAUUCUCGCAUUCUCCGGCUCCACAGCUGUCAUUCCACAACCCAAUGAUCCACCUGUAGAAGAUGAGGUGUGGGAUGAGUAUGAUGACCUUCUCGAGGACGACGUCGCCAAGCCACUUCCUUCGGCAACGUCCUCAAGAGGCACUCCAUUCCAUCUUGAGACUUACGAGACGAAGCUAGCUAGCAAGGAGAAGCCUCUGGAGUCGCCAACAAUUACCUUUGACAAGAAGGCGAUUCGUCAAUCCAAGGCAACGACCAUCUCUAGCACCUGCAGCGCUGAUAUGACUGAACGCCUGAGAGCGGCUUUCCAGCCUCACCCAAGCCCAACCACUCCCUUCCCGGCUGUAGACCUUGUCCCAAGCAACGGUGAAAAAGACACUGAAGCGGCUACAGCUGUUGAGAUGUCACGACAAAGCAGUCGAUCGUCUCGCAAGACAAGGCGAUCUGAUGCAAGCUCCUCUUCAGAAGAUGGAUCGCCACUUGCACAGGUCAACCUCAGAGUAGGAUCAAUGACAGUAAGCAAGUGGCUGACCUUUGGCCAUGUCCUCUUCAGCGACGUUCGUCAUGAACUUGUUCCCGUUGAAGGUUCGCUGAAGCGACACUCCAUCUUGGUAAUUGACGGACUUGGUAACGAUGAUUGGUCUUUCUACGCUGCCGAAACAUACCCGGCUGCUACCUUCUUCAAUCUGUCUCCUCGCGCCCCUCUCCCUGAAGACUUGAAGAGUGCUUCGUCAAGCUUCCCACUCAGUCCCCCGAACCAUCACCAGAUCCAGUACAACUCUCAUCUCGACAAGUUCCCCUUUGCCCCUCAGAGCUUCACUGCUGUUGUGUACCGAUUCCCCGUCGCAGCACCCGAAGCUUACUACCGCAGCAUUCUCACGGAAGCUCGCCGCGUGCUGAAGCCUGGCGGUUUCAUCGAGCUGUCCAUUCUCGAUGUUGACCUCAACAACAUGGGCAAUCGGGGUCGACGAACCGUUCGCCAUCUCAAGGAGAGAAUCAAUGAGAAGACUCCGGAUACCAGCCUUGGGUCCACCGCAGAUCUCAUUGUGCGCCUGCUUGGUAAGGUUGGUUUCACCACAAUCAAGGCAGCGCGUGUGGGCGUGCCUGUGGCAAGCACCGCCACUCGCUCGAACGGCAAGACCGAGAAGGGCAAAGGCAAGGCCGCUGCCGACCAGCCAAGCCUGUCCGAGAUGAUGAGCGACAACAGCCCCUUGGCCGACGAGGGUAUCACCAAGAUGGUCAGCCGCGUUGGCCGAUGGUGGUACACUCGAUGCUACGAGAACGCAGCAGAAAACACUUCUGGGAAGAGCAUCUGGAGCGACAAGUCUCUUCUCUCCGAGUCUGAAGAGCUUGGUACAAGCCUCAAGCUCAUGGUUUGUUGCGCACGAGCUCCUCUCGAGCGCAUCACCAGUGUCUAA